AUGGCCAAUGGAAAUAGCUUCUUGGAUGAAUUGCCGAAAAGUUUGAAGACAGAGGUGUCCGAAAUCUGUGAGAAACUACCUUCAGCAAUAGGUAUAUUCGAGCAGGUCUUUGAAUACGCUAAAGGAUCACAGGUUGCACAGAAAAGAGCCAAAAUUAGUGAAUCUGAGUCCGCUUUAAAUCCUAACGCAGCUAUAUUUACCUUAAAGGAUGUUUCAGUGCUAAGUCCGGUCCGAAAGAAACUGGAUUUAGUCAUUUCGACUAGUCCCGAAACGACAAAGCCGAUCCUUCUACUGCUGAAAGACACUAAUAUGCAGUUAAAGAUUUCCGAAUUGAGUCAAAACGUGAAAUUCGCUUCGUUUUUGCCCGUCCCAGAGAAACCAAAUUCCAUGUAUCUGUAUUUCCACUAUAUCGAAGACGCUGGCGCAGGACAGGCCGAUUCGCUGCUCAUCAAUUUAAACAAGGAUGCAGUGCUCAAGCAGUUCCAGAAUUCGGGUAUACUAGCAGGUCCAGAGCAGACAUUCGAGCAGUGCAUAGAAUACAUGAGAAAGCAAGCGAUAUUGGUGGGAUUCCGUAUUUCAAGCCCUUUUUCGUCCCUAGCAAGCGAAACCGUAUAUUUCCACGUUGAGUGCCACAGAGGCAUUAAAGAAGGUACGCUGUAUUUUUUGCCCAACCAUUUACUUUUUGGAUUCAAAAAGCCGAUCUUGCUCUUUAAUUCGCAAGACAUUGAAUCAAUAACGUAUUCCUCAAUCACAAGAGUCACUUUUAAUGUAACAAUAACUAGCAAAGUGGGUGAAAAAUACGAAUUCUCUAUGAUAGAUCAAAAUGAGUUUACCAAAAUAGAUGAGUACGUCAAGACCAAACAGGUGACGGACAGAUCAAUGAGUGAUGAGUUCAAAGCCAAGCCCAUGGGUAAGGGCCAAAAAUUGGUCGAAGGCAAUUCUGCGCUCAGGGAAGCUGCCCAACAACUGGAAGGUGAAGGGAGUUCGACUGAAUUGCCUCUUGAAUCCGACGAUGAGGAGGAAGAUGAAGAUUUCAGAGCGGAAAGCGAAUUAUCCGAUGGAAGCGAAGGAGAUCCAUCCGACGCAGAACUUCGAGACGAAGGUUACAAUGGGAACCCAGAAUAUGUUCAUAUGGAAGAAUAUGAAGCAGAAGCAAACGGCGAUGAACAACUUGAUGAUGAACUCAGAGAUUACGCAUCAGAGGAUAUUCCCUUGGGGGAGGGUGAGGAAGAAGAUGGUUCCGGGGUAGAGUACGAUUGA